AUGGAAUACGAGGUCCCUCACGCAAGCAUUGCACAACUGCGCCACGAGGUGGAAGAGAUUGGCAAUACAAUCGACAGCUUGAAAUCCCAGCUUGUCGAGCUCGAAGCGCAGCGCGAAGCCAUCCUGGACAAGCUCUCCAGCGUGGUUUACCCCGUCAAUAGUCUCCCUCCUGAAGUGCUUGGCCGUAUAUUCGGCGCGGCAGCAUCGUUAACUCCAGCCAAAGCGGUCAACUCGCUUCUGUUGCGCAUUACUUCUGUGUGUCGGCACUGGCGCGACGUUGCCAUUGUGGAUCCAGCCCUGUGGACAAUCCUGUCCUACAUUCCGGGUCCCCACGGGGAGCAGGACCAGCUCUUCAACUAUUUCGUGGCUCGCAGUCGAGGGCUUCCAAUCAGCUUCAAUCUAGACGGACUCGCUAAAGUGUACUACCAACCAAGCUUUUUUGGGUCAUGUUCGCAGUGGAAAGACGCUACGAUAACACUUCCAAGUGGCGCCGCAUUCGAUGUUAAGAGCCUAGAUGAAGUCGCUGCCCUGAACUUGCCGCAGCUUGAAGCGAUUACACUCUCCCAAGUUUGGGUCCAUAUAUAUGCAUCCGAGAACUAUUACCAGACGUUUUCCAAUGCACCAUUACUCCACACAGUGUCUGUCAGCUUCUCGCACCUCCUUCCUUGGCUUGGAUUUCCGCUGCAACAGCUCCGCAAACUCACCAUACAGAACCAUAGCAUGUCUGAGGACAUUCGCGUUCUGCUCUGCCAGCUGAGCUCGAUAGAAGACCUGUCGAUUGGGCCCAUUGACAUCCCACAAAUCGAUAAUCAUGGUGUCGAACUUGAAGAAAAACUUACUCUACAGUCCUUGACCACAUUGUCGCUCUUUGGGCAGGGCAGUAGUAUGAUUUUGCUUCGCGCACGCCUACCCCGCCUCUCCAAACUCCAUCUCUCCGACUUGCAUCGCUUUGACGUAACCACGCUCACCCACCCCGGAACCCUGCGUGCCUUGACCAAUCUCGCAUCACUGACAAUCACGCUCAAGCACGAACGUGAUCGCUCCCAAGCCGCGCUCUUGCUCUCUCCAGACGUCGAUCUCCCUCUCCAGCAUCUGACCAUCACUCUCGCUCCCCUGUGGAGAGAAACUGAAAAUAAUGUUGUUGACAUGUUUUCCAGCCCCGAUUUUCUCCCGGAUCUAGAGUCAUUGACGCUCAUCGUUCCGGUGUUCAUUUCAAUCAUGAUUCGCCCGUUCAUGCUGGGAAUCAACGCGCGCGUAGCCAAUACUGUCUCUCGCGGGGUGCAUCACAAGAUGAAGUUAAAAAAAUUCAUUGUUGAUGUACAAAAAUCGCCAUAUGCACUAUCCGACGAGGAGUCGCAAGAGUUGCACACUUUGCAGCGGAAAUUAGAGCAGAUGGGUGAUAGUAUGGAGGGCCUUUAG